GUUUCCUCCUCCUUCCAUGGACUCUCUCUAAUCCUCACCAACUCAGGUUUGCUUUUUCUGGUUUUGGAUUGAGGUGAACCGACGGAGGGAAUCAUGUCUUCCAGUGAGGAGGAGCAGCAGCGGCUGGUCUCUUCCUUCCUUGAGAUCGCCGUCGGCCAAACUGCUGACACUGCCAGGCAAUUUUUGCAGGCAACAAGUUGGAAACUUGAAGAGGCUCUUCAGCUGUUUUAUGUGGAUAAUGAAGGUGGGCCAACCACAUUGGCUUCAAACUCUCCACCUGUAGAAAAUGUGAAUUCCUGGCCAGAUCAAAAUUCUGGUGAAUUGAAAGAUCCUGGAAAUAAUAACAAUGGAGUAAAUGAAGGAGAUGAAGUGCGCCCUCCUUUGCCGGUUGUGAGAGAGACUCUUUAUGAUGAUGUAAUGCUUUAUGGGGCUUCAAGGAUUGGACAUCCACCUACCGAGUCAAGUUCGAUGAUUGCCUUCCGCAAUUUUGAUGAGGAAAUGAAACGCCCUGGGGUUUGGGAGUCAAAUGAAGGUGCAUCAUCUGCAGUAGAUGCUCCUCGUGAUAAUCUUGCCUCACUAUACCGUCCUCCAUUCCAUCUAAUGUUUCAUGGCUCAUUUGAAAAGGCCAAAGCUACUGCUUCUAAUGAGGAGAAAUGGCUCCUUGUAAACCUGCAAUCUUCAAAGGAAUUCAGCUCCCAUAUGCUAAAUCGAGAUACAUGGGCAAAUGAAGCUGUUUCUCAAACUAUUAGUGCAAACUUUAUUUUCUGGCAGGUCUAUGAUGACGGAAGUGAGGGUAGGAAAGUUUGCACCUACUACAAAUUGGAUUCAAUUCCUGUAAUUCUUGUUAUUGAUCCAAUAACUGGACAAAAAAUGCGCUCAUGGUGUGGAAUGGUUCAACCUGAGAGCUUACUGGAGGAUUUAGUGCCCUUCAUGGAUGGUGGCCCAAGGGUUCAUCAUGAAAUGCUUUCUCAUAAACGUCAAAGAGGAAACUCUUUGGCCCCACGACAAAAAACUAAAGAAGAUUAUAAUGUUGUGUCACAUGUAAAGUGUGUAUGAGUACCUAGUUUUGUGGAAGACUGCUUGAAUUGGAUUGAUCUUUUCCUUUAAUAUAAUAUUGUUUGACAACAUUUGGUUGUGUGUGUGUGUGUGUGUAUGGAUAAGUUUGCUGUAAAUUCUAGAAUGGGUAGGGAGAUAUACUGAAAUAUAUUUUAGUAACAAACUUUGUGCAUCUAUUAAGGAUGAAGAAAUGGCUGUGUUUGUGUUUUUUUGUAUGUAAUAUCAGUUGAUACCCCGCCCACAAAUGAACCUGACAAAGGCAAGGGAUUAAGUGAAGCUGUUGUAGCUCCUAUUGAGAGUGUAAAAGAGUCUAGUAAAAUGACUUCAGAUGAUAGAGAAUUAUGCAAUACUGAGGAAACAUUAUCAAGUAAGAAGCGUAUGUACCCACCUCUCCCAGAAGAACCCAAGGGCGAUAGGAACCUCCUUUGCAGGGUUGGGAUCCGUCUUCCUGAUGGGCAUAGGGUCCAGAGACAUUUCCUCCGCACUGACCCAAUACAGCUGCUCUGGUCAUUCUGCCAAUCUCAGCUAGGAGAAAAGGAGAACAAGGCAUUCCGCUUGACAAAGCCAAUUCCAGGAGCUUCAGAGUCACUUGAUUAUGAUAGUAAAUUAACCUUUGAUGAGUCUGGACUUUCCAACUCAAUGAUCUUAGUUACGUGGGAGUGAUUGUCUGUCACAAUGGUCACUCCGGUUUUUCAUUUCUUCAAGCACUAGAUUCUGGAACUAAAAGAUUUGGGCUUAAGAUACAAGCCUAGUUGUAUCCCUUUUCGUUGUUGGUCAAGGACUUAUAUUUAAGUGAAUAAAGGGAUAAGAAAUAGUUGAAUUUCAUUAUGUAUAUACAGUAUCGAUGGCCAACGAUACAGUUGUGACUUUUGC